AAGGGUCAGACACGACUUAGCGACUAAACCACCACCAUGUCAACAUCAUAAAUAAAUAUUUAAGUGUUUUUGCAACUUAAACACCCUCCUGGCUAUCUCAGAAAAUGCUGCUGAUGCAUAUCAAUAACUCUGCUGUGGUUGGUUUGUUUAAUUUGGCUGUGCCCCUCUUCGAUGUGGCACGAGGGAUCUGAGUUCUGUGACCCUGGCCGCCUGCACUGGUGUGGAGUCUUAACUACAGGACCACUGGAGAAGUCUCAGUUCUGCUGUUUUGUGUUUCCUUUUUAUUUCCCCUUGUUGGAUAUCUGGAUAGAGUAAGGAAAAAGAGAAGAAGACUUUGAUUCAUUCAGAUUCUACCAACUGGCCUCAGGUCUCACACACACACACCUCCCAUUCUCAUCAGAGCCCCCUCGAAGGUGUUAUUAGCCCAUACUGUAAUAUUGAGGAAACGGAGGCAGGGCGCUGGGAACGGAGCCUGACACACAGGAGAUGCUCAGUAAACUUUUACUGGACUGAACCGGAGUGGGAAACGCUCAGCGCGGGAGAGAAGAGAACGAAAUCCUUCCACCUUUCCCUCGUCUCUUCCCUGGGGUUCCUGUGAGGCGCGAUGCUCCUGGGAAUUAAAAGCGGGAAGAGGCGUGGAGCACGCGGCAAUGGCAUCCCACUCGCCAGGUCGGGAAAACUGCAGCCCCCUACCCAAUCCGCCCCCGCUCCUCGUCACCCCCACCUCCACACUUUAGGGGGCACCUGGAACUCUCUGGAGGACGCCUCCCAGCCUGCCCUGGGAGGUCCGGCGCGCCUGCCAGGCUGCAGAGAAGCACAGAGGCGCGCCCACAGGUCCCUGCGGUCGGUCCCUCCGGCAUCUGCCCCGGAGGCCGGUUCGCUGCUCAUCUCGGCACAGCUCGAAGCCGGAGGCUGGAGCGCGCCGACGAAGCCGGAGGGCCAGGGAGCAGGAACGCGCUCGGCCCUCGACCCCGGGGUGGGCUGCUUGUGCCUUGGCCAGGGCGCGCCGGGGUCCCUGGGCAGCCCUUCCCCUGGCGCGGUCGGCCGCCAGCGGGAUCAUCCCCACUUCGGCGGCUCGCUCCUCCCCUUGAUCCCCGCGCACCCCCUUCUCCUGCCCCAGCCGCGGAGAUCACUCCGCUCGCAGCUCCGCCGAGUCGCGCCGGGUGCUGCAGCGGCUGGAGCCCCCGGAGCUGCGCGCUCGCCAGGACCCAGACGGCUGCCGGAGCCCAGGCAGCCCCGGGGCGGCGGCACCAUGAAUGGCUCGGGUGGCCUGGACACCGAGGACACAAGCGAGGCGGGAGGCGGGAACAGCUGGCAGCUUGAGGCGGUCAUCGUGCCCACGCUCUUUGCGCUCAUCUUCCUCGUGGGCACCGUAGGCAACGCACUGGUGCUGGCCGUGCUGCUUCGCAGUGGCCAGGCGGUCAGCACAACCAACCUGUUCAUCCUCAAUCUGGGCGUGGCCGACCUGUGUUUCAUCGUGUGCUGCGUGCCCUUCCAGGCCACCAUCUACACCCUGGACGACUGGGUGUUCGGCUCGCUGCUUUGCAAGGCGGUGCACUUCCUCAUCUUCCUCACCAUGCACGCCAGCAGCUUCACGCUGGCCGCCGUCUCCCUGGACCGGUACCUGGCCAUCCGCUAUCCACUGCACUCCCGCGAGCUGCGCACGCCUCGCAACGCGAUGGCGGCCAUCAGUCUCGUCUGGGGGCUCUCGCUGCUCUUCUCCGCGCCGUACCUGAGUUACUAUCGCCAGUCCCGGUUAGCCAACCUGACCGUGUGCCACCCGGCGUGGAGCGCGCCGCGCCGCCGCGCCAUGGACCUCUGCACCUUCGUCGUCAGCUAUCUGCUGCCGGUCCUGGUGCUCGGCCUGACCUACGCGCUCACCCUGCGCUACCUCUGGUGCGCCGUCGACCCGGCGGCCGCCGGCUCGGGCGCCCGGCGCGCCAAGCGUAAGGUGACACGCAUGAUCAUCAUCGUGACCGCGCUCUUCUGCCUCUGCUGGAUGCCUCACCACACGCUGAUCCUCUGCGUGUGGUUCGGCCGUUUUCCUCUUACGCGCGCCACUUACGCGCUGCGCAUCCUCUCGCACCUGGUCUCCUAUGCCAACUCCUGCGUCAACCCCAUCGUCUACGCUCUCGUCUCCAAGCACUUCCGCAAGGGUUUCCGAGAGAUCUGCGCGGGCCUGUUGCGCCGCGCCCCGCGCAGAGCCUCGGGCCGCGUGUGCGUCGCGCCCCGGGCCCCCCACGGCGGCAGCGUGCUGGAGCGCGAGUCGACUGACCCUCUGCCCCUGUGCCGGCGCCUCUCCGCGGCCAGUCGUCCAGCCACGUUCCCGACCUGUCCGGGAAGGACCCAAAGGCCCCCAAAGGCAUCUUGACAGUUAAGUUGACUUAAGGGCACUAAGGGGGUAUGCUUGGGUACUGAACGAUUGGAGUCAGAGGUUGGGGGAUCGUGGAGGGAAAUUCAUUUGUUAAUAAAACGUGCAAACCAUUCCACGUGCUGUGGCGCGCUGUCUCUGCCUGUCUCAGGGGCCCCAGGCUCCAUGGUGAGAAGCCUCUGGGACUUCCCAGGGGAGCUCUGGAUGGAUGAGUACAAGAGAGGGGCCUGCACUGAAGGCAGCAGAGUUAAAAUCCGCCUAGAAACCCCUAAUGGAUACUGGGGAGUGUGUGACGACCUAAGAUGACCUAAGGCUCUUUGCACGUGGCCAUCUGGACACACCAGGUGUAUAUAAAUCGAGGAAACAGCAGCUGCCAGUGCGCAGCACAAAAGCAAGCUGUCAGAGCAUGCUGGACAAGUCAGAUGAUGACAGACUUGGCAGACCUGGACACUGUGUGUGUUCCCAUUAGCGUUUGUGUGCAGGUGUGUGGCAGGUCCUCGCCUGUUGCCAGCUCUCUGAGGCUCUAUGGAGUCACGCCAACCAGAUCAGCGCCUAACCACCUUCAGCCCUUGAGUUUCCUUCCCUCCCUGCAGCUGUCUGGGACCUGGUCUCCAAGGCAGGUUUAUCCUUAGGUUAGGAAAGUCACCCCCA